GGUAUACAGCUCUGUUAAACGAUAGCUACUUUGUGAUUACCAAAUGAACAGUUACGAUAAAACUCGCUUUGAUGUUUUGUCACACCUAACCGAUAUUCCAAUGCUUGGAAAACAAUAUGUUCCAGGACUCUGGAAACAGUUUGAAGAUGGUCACGUGACAAGCAGACAUGAACAAUCGACUGAACAUCGGGUCGGACAAGAAUCAAUAAGUCAAAGAAAUAUUACCGAAACAUCGCCAAGCACUCAGAGAACGCGGAUGAACGCCACUUUGGAGAAUGAGAGAGGACUCACUCGAUCUACAGAAAAGGUAGACAGUGAAUUUUUAAUUUUAGUGUCGCAAUUUGACUCUUUAUAUUCUCUACAUUCAAUUACAACACUUCUGUUAAGUCCGACUGGACAGGAGUGUUUGAAGUUUGCUGUAAAAAGCAGAACUCUAAAUCCAUUAUAUAUUUAUUAG